GAAAAUAACAAUAAGAACAACAGCGAGAAUAAGACGACAGGACUGUGCAAAGAGACAGUGCAGCAAAGAAAUGCUAAAGUUUGAGUAACGGAAUAACCGACUGAGGCGAGGAGUCCAAUAAGAUAGUAGAUUGAAUUAGAACUGGACGAAAAAAGAAUUUGCAGGAGUGGGAGUGGCGCUCGGUGUCUGUGACAUAAAAUGGAGGGGUUGAACAGACUCGAGUAGCGCUGUAACCACACCGGGAGAUGCAAUCUUCAGCUGAGAACUGUGCGGGACUGCCUCAGUGCAUAAAAGCACGAGGUCUGAACAGGGUCAGUGUUUGCCUAGUCGCCGAGAGAAACUUCUGCCGCUGGUAUUACUGUACUAGAACUUAUAGCAAAGCCUUCUCUCCUCCGAAGCGGCGCUGAUGGCGAACGUGGACGAGAACUCCGAGUCUAUCACCCAGCAGGACAGGGGCCGAGUCAACGUGUCUGCUGCCAGGUCCUACCUCGCCAUCGGUAUCCUGUUGGUUAUCAACCUGCUGAACUUUAUGGAUCGAUACCUCAUUGCAGGUAUAUUGAACAAAGUUCAGGAGUACUUUCAAAUACAUGACAGCUUAACUGGUUUACUGCAGACUGUCCCUACCUGCAGCUACCUGGUGCUGGCGCCAUUGUUUGGUUACCUGGGUGAUCGAUACAACAGGAAGAUUCUGAUGGGUGUCGGAAUAGCCAUAUGGAGCACUGCGAUGCUGGCAGGAUCAUUUGUUACUCAGUCUGGCUUUUGGUUGCUAAAUUUGUGCUUGGCAUUUGUUGGGGUAGGGCAAGCCAGCUUUGCCACGAUUGCACCAACUGUUAUUGCAGACCUUUUCGUGGAUGCCAAAAGGACGUGGGCACUCUGUGCCUUCUACACUGCGAUUCCAAUAGGAAGUGGCCUUGGUUACAUCCUUGGGUUUAGGAUGAUGCAGCUGACAUGUGACUGGCACUGGGGAUUGAGGGUCACUCCAUGUAUUGGUGCUCUUGCCAUAUUGCUCCUUGCCUUCCUGAUGCCAAACCCUCAUCGAGGAGCAUCAGAAAACCUGACAGAGACCCUGAACUCCAGAACCUCCUGGGAUCAGGACCUCAAAUACCUGAUGACAAACUGGAGUUUCAUGUUGUCGUCCCUCGGUUUUGCCACUGUGGCCUUCACGUCUGGUGUGCUGGGGUUCUGGGGACCAAUCUUCCUGAAUCGUGUGUACGGAGUGUCAUCCUCAGCAAAAUGUUCAAUCUGCUCUCAAGACAGUAUACUGUUUGGAGCCAUCGUCUGCGCAUCGGGAAUCUUCGCAAUUUUGAUCGGCGCAGUGCUGUCGAAAACCUUAAGAUCAAAGAACCCUCAGGCAGAUCCUAUUAUUUGUGCAGUUGGUCUGUUGCUCAGUGCCCCUUUCUUCUACAUCGGUAUUGUGUUUGCUGAGAAGAGCAUUGUGACAACUUUUGUUUGCAUCUUUUUUGGUGAGCUUUUCAUCGGCCUGAGUUGGAUAAUAGUUUCAGAUAUUCUGUUGUAUGUCGUUAUUCCACCCUGUCGCUCAAUGGCUGAGGCAGUGCAAAUUACCAUCUCCCGUGUUCUCGGUGAUGCCUUCAGUUCGUACAUUGUUGGUGAAAUCUCCAAUGCUCUUCAGGAGGGACGACAGCCUUCUACAUAUCGAGAGUUUGUGAGUCUGCAGUACGCGCUCUUAAUCUGCCCUUUCAUUGUUGUUAUUGGGGCAGCCUUAUUCUUUUGUACUGCUAACCAUUUAGAGGAAGACCAAAGCAAUACAAUCAAAUAUGUUCAAGAUUCAUCAGCGAUCGUGGACUGAGACUGGCGGUCUGUUGCCCAAUGCUACUUGCCCUUGAGAAGACGUUGUUGCCACCUCCUGAACUCUUGUCAUGAUGAUGAUUAAUGCCCUCUGGUAGAGCUUUUAAGUGGGAAGCUCCAGGAAUUACCCUCCUCUGCUGAAAAUUGUUUCAUUUGCAGCAAAUUCUUCCAUCUUAUGAAACAACAUCAUUUGAACAAAGCCCCGAGAACCAUUUAAUGUCUGCUUGCUUAGACUAGUUUUGAAGUGUAGCCACUGUUGUAACAGGGAUAUGCAGCAUUAUUUUUACUCCUCUAUAGGGCCUCACAACAGCUGUGAAAUGGUUAUAAACAAAUAACGUCUCUUUUCUAAUCAGCUAAAGAGCAAGUAGCAGCCAGGACCUCAACAAAGAUCUUCAUGUCCAUUUGUUGGAGCAUUCAGUUUAAACUUCUCAUCCCGGGAGGAUGAAGCUGUUUAACUUUGGAACUUGGUUGUCCAGUUUUCACAAGUCAAACAACAAAAUUAAAACUUCUCCAUCAUUACCAAUUUGUCCCUUGCCACAUCACUCUCAAGAGCUACUGCUGCGUUCCACAGGAACCAUCUUCAUUCCAGUACCUUACUCCAUAUCUGUGCCUGACCUUAUGAGAGCAAGUGGGAAUUAUAGCAAAAGCAGCACUUCCCAUCGCCCAAGUCCAACAGUGUUCACUUUCCCAGUCAGGUCAAUACAUAAUGCCAUUCUCCACUCGUAGUCUGAGGAUAUGGUGACUACUGGAUCCAUUUGCACCAAAUAUGUAAAAUCUGCACCAACUGUACUUUGCACUUUGGGCUGAGCCAUUGUAAAUACAGGGAGGGUAUUUAAUUCUCUGUGACAGUGAGUAAGAUUUAGACAAUGGGAGUAGAAAUGGGCCAUUUGGUCCGUCGAGUCUGCUCUGCUAUUUCAUCAUGGCUGAUCCAUUUCCCUCUCAACCUCAUUUUCCUGCCUUCUCCCCAUACACUUUCACGCCUUGACUCAUCAAGAACCUAUCAACUUUAAAUAGACCCAAUGGCCUGGCCUGCACAGCCGCCUGUGGCAAAGAACUCCACAGAUUGACCAUUCUCUGGCUAAAGAAAUUCCUCCUCAUCUCUUUUCUACAUUGAUGUCCCUCUAUUCUGAGAGUGUGCCCCUGGUCCAAGACUCCCUCACCAUAGGAAACAUCCACUCCAACUCCACUAUAUCGAGGCCUUUCAACAUUCAAUAGCAUUCAGUGAGAUUCCCUCUUUCUUCUUUUUUUAAAUUUUUUUAUGCAUUUCUACAUAAGACUACAAAGAGAAAACCCAACAACAAAAUGGAGAUUUAUACAGUGCGAAACAAACAAAUCCAAUAUAGUACGUAAUUCAUAACAAUAAGAAAAAGCACCCAAAAGAGAAUUACGUAAAAUUAGUAUCCACCCCAACCUCCCACUGAAAAAGAAAAACCCAGGCCAACCAUUUCUGCAUAUGAACGAAAAAAAAAUCAAUCGGAGCAUUCAACCCCAGAGAGCUGUCAAUAUAUAUAGGAAAAAGGAAAGUAUAAUGCCGACUACCAAAAGUAUAAUAUAAUUCACAACAAAAAACCGUAUAAGUUACAAAAAAAAAGCUGAAAGUGAGGGAUUGUAGCACACAGAAAAAAAGGAUGAACUUACACUAAAGAAGAAUUAUGAAAAUAUUCAAGAAAAGGUCCCCACACUUUAUGAAACUUUAUGUCCGAAUUAAGGUGAAUAAUUAAUCUUUUCGAGAUCUAAACAGGACAAAAUAUCACAAAGCCAUUGAGCGUGAGUGGGUGGGGCAGCAUCUUUCCACCUAAGAAGAACCAACCGUCUAGCCAAGAGAGAGGCAAAAGAUAAUGUUCGGCAUUUAGUUGGGCUCAAGUGCAUAAUUACUUCACCCAAGGUGCCAAAAAGAGCAACCAGAGGGUUAGGUUCUAAAUGGCAAUUAAGAAUAUGAGAUAGGGUUGAAAAAACUUCUCUCCAGAAUUUCUCUAGACUAGGACAGGUCCAGUACAUAUGGAUAAGGAAGCCUCAGUCCCUCUGCACUUAUCACAGAUAGGACUAAUGUCAGGAUAAAACUGCGAUAAUUUAGUUUUAAACAUAUGAGCCCUCUGUACAACCUUAAACUGCAAAAGGCAGUGGCCAGCACAUAGAGAGGUUGAGUUGACUGACUUAAGAAUUAAAUCCCAAACUGCAUCAGAUAAGGAGAUAUUUAAAUCUUGUUCCCAAGCAGUUCUGAUUUUACUGAAAGGGGCACGUCUCGAAAUCACUAACUUAUCCCGAAUAGCAGGUAUUAAACCUUUACCCAAUGGAUUGAUACAAAGAAACAAGUCCAGAACAUUUUUUUCAGGCAUCUCAGGAAAGUUAGAUAUCGAAGGGUUAAUGAAAUGUCUAAUUUGAAGAUAUCUAAAGAAAUGGGUAUUAGGUAGAUUAAACUUUACAGACAGUUGUUGAAACGUUGCAAAACGAUUAUCUGUAAAAAGAUCUUCAAAGCGCCUAAUACCCUUUCUGUACCAAUCAUAAAAUGUUGAAUCCCGCAUAGAAGGUAGGAAAAGAUGAUUGUGUAAAAUAGGACUAGAGAGAGAAAAACCAUGAAGACCAUUAAAUUUUCUGAACCGAGCCCAUAUUCUUAAAGUAUGUCUGAUAAGAGGAUUAACAAUAAGUCUAGGCAAAUGACAAGGAAGUGCAGAACCGAGAGGUGCAGAAAUGGAAAGAUCCUCAGUAGAGUUCAACUCCAUUGCCACCCAUUUUGGGCAGUCAGACUUAUUAUGGAAGAAAGACCAAAAAAUGAGACAACGGAUAUUGGCUGCCCAAUAAUAUAAGCGAAAAUUAGGGAAAGCCAUUCCACUUUCCUUUUUCUCAAUCUUCUAAAUUCCAGCAAGUAAAGGCCCAGAGCCAUCAGUCACUCCUCAUAUGAUAAGCCUUCCAUUUCCAGAAUCAUUCUUGUGAACCUCCUCCGAAACCUCUCCAAUGUCAACACAUCAUUCCUCAGAUAAAGGGCCCAAAACUCUUCACAAUACUCCUCACCAGGGCCUUAUAAAGACUUAGCAUUACAUCUUGCUUUUGUAUUCUAGUCUUCUUGAAAGGAAUGCUAAUAUUGCAUUUGCCUUCCAGACCACCAACUCAACCUACAAAUUAACCUUUGAGAAAUCCUGCACAAUGUCUCCCAAGUCCCUUUGCACCUUGGAUUUUUGAAUUUUCUUCUCGAUUACAAAAUGGUCUAUGCUUUCAUUCCUUCUACCAAAGAGCAUGACCAAACACUUCCCAACACUGCAUUCCACUUGCCACUUCUUUGCCCAUUCUCCUGAUCUGUCCAAGUCCUUCUGCAGCCUCUCUGCUUCCUCAGUACUGCCUGCUCCUCCACCUGUCUCCAUAUCAUCUACAUAUCUAGCUACAAAUCUGUCAAUUCCAGCAUCCAAAUCAUUGAUAUAUAACAUGAAAAGAAGCAGUCCAAACACAGACCCUUGCGGAAUACCACUGUUCAAUUGCAGCCAAUCAGAAAAGCUUCCUUUUAUUCCCAUUCUUUGUCUUUUGCUAUUCGGCCAAGGAUAGUAUCUUUGCCUUAAUACCAUGAGCUCUUAUCUUGUUAAGUAGCCUUGUGUGGCACUUCAUCAAACUCCAAGUGCACAACAUCCAUGGAUUUUCCUUUGUCUGUUCUGCUUGUUAUUUCCUUAAAGAAUUCUAACAGAUUUUCUCUUAGGAAACCAUGCUGACUUCCGCCUACUUUAUCAUGUGUCUCAAAAUACCCCAAAGCCUCAUCCUUAGUAAUGGACUCCAAUAUCUUCCCACCACUGAAGUCAGGCUAACUGGCCUAUAAUAUCCUUUCUUCUGCCCCCCUCUCUUCUUAAAGAAUAGAGUAACAUUUGCAAUUUUCCAGUCCACCAGAACCAUUCCAAAAUUCACUGGUUUUUUAAAGAUCAUUACUAAUGCCUCCACAAUCUCUUCAGCUAUCUCUUUCAGAACCCUGGGGUGUUGUCCAUCUGGUCCAAGUGGCUUACCUACAUUCAGACCUUUCAGUUCCCCAAGCACCUUCUCCUUAGGAAUAGCAACUGCACUCACUUCUGCUCCCUGACACUCCCGAAGGUCUGGCACUCUAGUAGUCUCCACAGUGAAGACUAAUGGAAAAUACUUGUUCAUCACUAUUUCCUUGUCUCCCGUUACUGCUGCUCCAGUGUCAUUUUUUGCAGCAGUCCAAUGUCUACUUCCACCUCACUUUUACUUUUUAAAUAUCUGAAAAAAAAACUUUUUGGUAUCCUCAUUAUUGGCUAGCUUGCCUUCACAUUUCAUCCUUUCUGUCUUGUUGGUUGCCUUCUGUUGGUUUUUAGAAGUUUCUCAGUUCUCUAAUUUCCCACUAAUUUUUUGCUCUAUUAUAUGCCCCCUCUUUUGUUUUUAUGUUGGCUUUGACUUCCCUUGACAGCCAGGGUUGUGUCAUCCUGCCCUUAGAAUAUUUAUUCUUUGGGAUGUAUCUAUCCUGUGUCUUCUGAAUUGCUUCCAGAAACUCCAGCCUUUGCUGCUCUGCUGGCAUCCCUGGUGGUGUCCCUUCCAAUCGACUUUGGCCAGCUCCUCUCUAAUUUCCUUUAUACCAUUGUAAUACUGAUACAUCUGACUCCAGCUUCUCCCUCUUAAAUUGCAGAGUGAAUUGAAUCAUAUUAUGAUCACUUCCUCCCAAGGCUUUCUUUACCUAAUCAAAUCUGGUUCAUUACCUAACACCCAAUACAGAAUAGCUGAUCCUUUAGUGGGCUCAACCAGAAGAUGCUCUGAAAAGCCCUCUUGUAGACAUUCUACACAUUUUAUCUCUCGGGAUCCAACACUAACAUGAUUUUCCUAAUUUACCUGCAUAUUGAAAUCCCCCAUAACUAUUGAAACCUUGCCCUUCUGACAAGCCUUUUCCAUAACCCGUUGUAAUUUGUACCCCACAAACCUGCUACUGUUCAGAGACCUGUAUAUAGCUCCCAUCAGGGUCUUUUUACCCUUCCAGUUUCUUAACUGUACCAACAAGGAUUCUACACCUUCCAGCCCUAUGUCACCUUUUUCUAAGGAUUUGAUUUCAUUUUUUUUUACCAACAGAGCCACCCACCCCUUCUAUCUACCUGUCUGUCUUUUCAAUGCAAUGUGUAUUCUUGGACAUUAAGCUCCCCACUAUAAUCUUCUGUCAGCCAUGACUUAGUAAUGCCCACAAUGUCAUACCUGCAAAUCUAGCUCUGCUACAAGAUCAUCUCCUUGCUUCUGUAUACUGUGUGCAUUCAAAUAUAAAACCUUCAGUCCUAUAUAUAACACCCGUUCAAUUUUGUCCCCCUUUUACACAGCACCUCAUCCCACUGACUAGAAUUUUGCGCUAUCAUCGGCUCCUCCUUCCUGAUAGUCUCACUGUAUACUUCCUCUGCUUGUAAGCCAACAGCCCUGUCCUCAGCCCUGUUACUCCAGUUCUCAUGCCCAUCCCUCCCCAACAGCUCGAGCAAACCUGCCCACAAGGAUGAUGAACCCCCUUGAGUUCAGCUGUAAGCUGUCCCUUUUGUAUAGGUCAUGCCUUCCCCAGAUGAGAUCCCAGUGAUCCAGAAAUCCGAAGCCCUGCCUCCUGUACCAGAUUCAUCUGCCAAAUCAUCCUAUUCUUACCCUCAGUGGCGUGUGGUACAGGUAACAUACCAGAUGGAUUGCUAACCUGAAGCUCCUGCUUUUCAGUUUCCUAUAUAGCUCUCUAAAUUCUCUCUUCAUGACCCUGCUUUUCCUACCAAUGUCAUUGGUGUCAAUAUGUACCAAGACUUCUGGCUGCUCACCCUCCCUCUUUAGAACGUUGUGGACCAGAUCUGAGACAUCCCUGACUCUGGCACCUGGGAGGCAAUUUAUUUCACCGUGGCAAGUUAAUCUGCAGAUCUUCAUGACGAUUUUCAUCAUUGCUUUUGUCUUGGGAUUUGCUGUUACAAUGAUUCCUUUAGACUGACAAUCGAUAGAGUUCUACAUCCAUUGAAGUUCCUGGUGUUUAUGUCAUAUUAACAUUCAGACUGCUGUUUGAAUCCACAUACAAUACCCAUUUGAGGAACUGUGUAGGGAAUGCAGAGUGUAGGCAGACAAAGGAAAGGGAAUUCCAGAAUUAUCAGGAAUGAAGACUUGCAGCUUCUCCUAAAAACGGGGCUUUGGGAAACUGGUGCAAUCAGUGGAAACAUGGCAUUGGCAGCACAGGAUAAAUCCAGGAUGGAUUGGAUGGUUCAGGUCUCUUUUCCCCUCCUGAUGUGUUUGUUUUAGUGACUUCCGCCCCGGUCUACAAGGGCAACUUGAUAAAAAUAAGCAGUUUUGCUGAGAGAUGGUGCUGAGCAGUGGGAGAGGGAGUUUAGUUGAAUAUUUGAUCCAUGAUCAAUUGACCUGUUUUCUUAGUAUGAAAUGUUGACAUUGCCGGCAGUGAAACUUUUACUUGACUAUACAAACAACAAACAAAAUUUACAUGCUUUUUUAUCUCUCCUGAAUGCUCCAGGAAAUGUUGAUCGAUAUCCAUUCCUGACACCCUGUAGGUAAAAUCGUCCCAUCUGGUAAUUGAUUUAUUAUUGUCACAUGUACUGAGAUAUGCUGUAAAACUUGGUAUUGCAUACUCUCCAUACAGAUCAUUUUAAAACACAGUACAUCGAGCUACUUAGUACAAAGGGAAUAGCAAUAACAGAAUGCAGAAUAUAGUUCUACAAUUACAGAAAAUGUUGUGUUGGCACUUGGCCAAGUGGUUAAGGCAUCGGUCUAGUGAUCUGAAGGUGACUAGUUCGAGCCUCAGCUGAGGCAGUGUGUUGUGUUCUUGAGCAAGGCACUUAACCACGCAUUGCUCUGCGAUAACACUGGUGCCAAGCUGUAGUGCCCUUCCCUCAGACAACAUCAGUGGCGUGGAGAGGGGAGACUUGCAGCAUGGGCAACCUUGCCCAGGCCUGCACCCUGGAAACCUUCUAAGGCACAAAUCCAUGGUCUCACAAGACUAAUGGAUGCCUAUAUUAUAUAUUACAGAAAGCGUGGGCAGGUUUUCAAUAAAAUUCAAAUGUUACUGUCUAGCAGCUUUAACAACCCUGUUUUGAACCUGAGAGGAGUUUGCAUCUUCUGCCUGUCACAGUGUGGCUUUGCUCUGGGUGCUCCAGAUGACCCAAUGAUGUACUGAUUGGUGGGUUACUUGGCCACAGUAAAUUACUCCUCCUGUAGGAGCAUCACGAGGGAAAUGAGAGAGAAUAAGUGACUGGGAGAAUAGGACCGACGGGAUUGCUCUGGGAGCUGGUAUAAAUUCAAUGGGCCGAAUGGCUUCUUUCUAUAACAUAAGAUAAACAUGAGAUAAGGAUUAAAAAGAACUUCACAGAAAAAAACAGUUAAGGGAUCUGGAUUGCUUUAUUCUUGCUGCAAGCACAAUGCAACCAAAUUGAUGAUGUUUUUGUACGUGUGUAUGAUGGUACACUUUCAUAUGUAGUAUAUGCAAAAGUACUUGAGUUUUCAGUAUAUGAAUAUGUAUCAUAAUUACAAUGUAUGCUUAAUGCACUAUGUUUUGUGCAAUAGAGGUGAUGUGCAAAUAAAAGUGUUUG